UUGGCUCUAAACAAUGAUUCUAUCAUUCACAAUAUUUCAUAUAUUUGUUUUAAUAGUAUCUCCCAUAUCUCCUCCACUAGCAUCAGCACAAGACAAAGAUGGAACCAUAGCACGAGUAGGUUGUAAUUCAACAUGUGGAACCGUUUCAAUCCCUUUCCCAUUCGGAAUGCAUGAACCUCAUUGCUAUGCAGACAAAUGGUUCGAAAUAGAGUGCAAAUUUGACAACAACUCUUCUUCUGAUGUUCCUUACUUGAAGUCGUUAAAUCUUGAGGUAGAUGGAUUUUACAAUAACAUCGUUGUUAUUAUGAAUCCAAUUUACCAUUCCAAUUGCCGUCAUAAGGACAAAACCAGUAGCAACAGAAACAAAACCGUUACUCUUAGAGGCAGUCCUUUCGUAUAUUCACAGGCUGAAAACUCAUUUCUAGCUGUUGGAUGUAACAUUCUUGCUUUUCUUCAGUCAAAUGGGACAACGGUCGGUGGUUGUAUGUCAAUUGGUCCCACUGGCAACAACAAUAUCAACAUCAAUAUCAACAUCAAUAUCAGCAGGUGUUAUUGCGUGACAUCGGUGCCUCCGCGUCUUUCAGAGUUUAAUGCAAUGCUACGAGGUUUAACCGAUCAAAGUAGUGAUGGUUGUAGUUAUGCUUUGAUUACAAAUGAUAACAGGAUGCCUUUAGAGAAUUCAAAUCAUAUGAACAUGGAUGAGAUUAAGAUGUUGAAUGAUUUGAAGAAUAUGGAAUAUGCUCCUGUAAUGCUUGAGUGGGAGAUUUUGAAUUAUAUGUUAAUUAACUCCACAUUUCAACUACCUCCAAAUUGUUAUGACUCCAGCGUUACUUCUUUAAGUAAUAACAGAACCACCGGCCGGCAAUGUCAAUGCUUAUUCGGUUUCUCGGGCAAUCCAUAUCUUGCUGGAGGCUGCCCAGAUUCUGUUUGUUACUACCCCAACGAUGGUAUCAAUUGUAAAUGCUUCGACGGUUACAGUGGCAAUCCCUUCCAUGCAGGAGGCUGCAGAGAAAUUCCAGGGUACUUUCAUAAGAACAAUCGAUGGAAGAAGUCGGUUAUUUUAGGCAUUUCGUCAAGUUUUGGAUCCCUCGUUUUCCUCAUUGGUAUAUGGUUAUUCUACAAAGCUAUGAAACGAAGAAUGAUAAAGAAACGCAAAGAAAAAUUCUUCAAAAGAAAUGGUGGUUUGUUGUUACAGAAAAGAAUGUCGGCAGGAGAAGUAAAUGUUGAUAGAACUAUUCUCUUCACCUUAAAAGAUUUAAAGAAAGCCACUGACAGUUUUAAUAAGGAUAGAGUUCUUGGAAAGGGAGGCCAGGGUACAGUUUACAAAGGCAUGUUGGUGGAUGGUAAGAUUGUUGCGGUGAAAAAGUUUAAGGUUGAAGGAAAGGUUGAAGAGUUCAUCAAUGAGUUUGUUAUCCUUUCGCAAAUCAAUAACAGAAAUGUUGUUAAACUAUUGGGAUGUUGCUUGGAGACAGAAAUUCCAUUGCUUGUUUAUGAAUUCAUUCCAAAUGGUAACCUUUUUGAGUAUCUGCAUGACCAGAAUGAGGACAUACCAAUGACAUGGGACAUGCGUUUGAGGAUUGCUAGUGAAGUUGCUGGAGCUUUAUUUUAUUUGCACUCAGUUGCAUCUCAACCUAUUUAUCAUAGAGACGUUAAAUCAACAAAUAUACUAUUGGAUGAAAAGUAUAGGGCAAAAUUAGCAGAUUUUGGAGCAUCAAGAAUAAUUUCAAUUGAAGCUACUCACCUUACCACAAUUGUUCAAGGUACUUUUGGAUACUUAGACCCAGAAUAUUUUUACACUAGUCAAUUUACAGAGAAAAGUGAUGUUUACAGCUUUGGAGUAGUGCUUGCCGAACUUUUAACUGGUAAGAAGGCAAUAUCUUCUACAACAAGAUCUGAGGAAUCACAAAAUUUAGCUUCCUAUUUUGUUCAGUGUAUAGAGGAGAAUAUGUUGUUUGACAUUAUUGACAAAAGGGUCAUAAAAGGAGGAGAGAAAGAACAUAUCAUUGCAGUUGCAAAUCUUGCAUAUAGAUGCUUGGAAAUAAAUGGAAGAAAACGACCAACUAUGAAAGAAGUCACAUUAGAAUUGGAAGGGACUAGGGGAUUCAAUAAGAAGCUUAAUGCACAUCAAAAUUACGAGGAAAAUGAGUUUUCAGGAAUUGAAGAGUACCAACCUUGGGAUGGGUUUUCUGCAUCAAAUUCAUUACCAAUUAUCAACAGCCAAACACACUCUACAGACUCGGAGGUUAUGCAUAUUCUUGCAUUAGAAUAGUUGGUUUGCUUAAUUGCUUUUCUUUGGUAUUGAUUAUUGUAUUAUUUUAUUAUACGCAAGAGUUUGCUUAGGAUUUGAGGAUCAAAUGGGGAGGUGGUUAUGGAUAAUGAAUUAUAUUGGAUGUAUUUAGUAAACAUAAAACGGACCUUUGCUUGAGGUCUUGUGUGCAAAUAUGUGAGAAUAAUGUUUUAAAAAAUAAGAUCAUUGGAUGUAGUUUCCUCUUUUUUUUUUCUUUCCUUUUUUACAUGAAUGAACGUAUACUGUCUUGAAAGUAUGUAACACAACAAAGUUAUCGUGGAUUGUUGAUUGGUAGAAUAAGUUGAUCUUGAA